AUGACAAAGUCACUUCUUUGGGUUUCUUUUGCAUCCAGCAUCUUAAGCGUGCACCAUGGUUACUUUAUCUGGAUAGUUUAUUCACCUGGUGUGCUCUUGCGAGAAUAUUAUAACCCCAUAACUUUCCAAGUGAUUACUCAUCCAAAGUUUAAAUUACUUGAGUUGGCAAUCAUUGUUUCUAUAAUCCCACUUGGAGGUUUCAUUUUAUGUAUUGUUCCCUUAUAUGUGGGUGAAAUAGCCCCGAGGAAGUACAGAGGAGUCAUUAUUUUUGUACACCAGUUCUGUUUAAAUAUCGGCAUCCUGAUAGCUCAGGUCCUUGCAAUAAAGGAAAUUCUAGGGAACAGCACAGGUUUGCCUGCACUGAUGGCUUUGGGAGGAAUUAUACCGUUGAUUCAACUAUUUCUACUGCCCUUCAUACCCGAAACUCCAAGAUACUUAAUGAUUCAUAAGAAAAAUGAACAGCAAGCAAGAAAAGUCCUGAAGAUGCUAAGAGAGACAGAUGAUGUGGAAGAUGAAAUUAUAGAACUGUACCAGGAGGAUCUCGCUGAGAAUAAUAACAAAGACAUGACUCCACUGAAAUUAAUCAGGACUCCAAAUAUGCGGUUGCAAAUCAUCACUAUAGUUGUUGUGGUGGCUGGUGCACAGCUCAGUGGCAUAAGUUUGGCAUAUUUUUCUACAGAACGGAUUUUCUUGAUGAUGAUUGAUCGCAGCAACCUGAAGUACUUAAAUUCUGGAGCAAUCAUUAUUAUGACCUGCUCUGUUCUAUUAGGGAUGUACUUGGUUGAUUCUGUGGGACGGCGUCCCCUUCUUCUUGCGAGCUUCGCAGCACCCCUCCCGCACUUACUUAUAUUGGAGAUGUUCUCUCAGUCGUCAAGAGCUUCGGCCUUUGUGAUUUCGGGCUCUGUGUUCUGGAGUAUAAGCUUUAUCACAGGACUAUCAUUCUACUACAUAGAGAUAGAAUUUGGCAACUACAGCUCUAUGCUCUUCUGGCCCUUCUGUAUAGCAACCCUUGUAUACAUCUACAAAAUGAUUCCAGAGACCAUGAUGCAAACUUUCCCUGACAUCAAGAGAGUCAUGUCAAUCAAGACAGCCAGGCGGUUCCGUUCUAGAGAGUCCAGGAGAAAACUGAACUCCAAAAGAUCUGUCUGA